AUGUAUCUGAUCAAAAGUCUCCAGAAGGAAGAGGCUGCAGGGAUCGCCAUGGCUGAAAGGCAUAGUAAGGAUAGCCUGCAGUCAUUCGUACAGUAUGCCCUCGGUUUUCCGGAGAUAAAGUCUCUUCAGGAUUAUGAGGCCAGCAGAGUGAGUGCUGCAGCAGAAGUCUCCUCUGAAGAUGAUCAGCUUGUUGGCUUUGGCUUACCAUCCAAGAGCACACGGAAGGAGAUUUGGGAUGGCAGAGGUGAUGGCUACGCGGCCUUUAUCAUGGAAAAGAGCUGCAUUCAAGGAACACGGAUGUAUAAGCUGCAGCAGUACUUGCGCAAGAAGCAUCAGUCUGCCUCAGCUACCACAAGGACCUCCACCAAACCCAUUGGAAUGGAUGAUGACAAAGAGUUGGAGGAGUCUCACCUGAAAAACUUGAAGCUGACAGCUUUACUGUGCCAACAGCAGCAGCAGCAGCAGAAGUACCCACACCCAGAGUGCCUUCAGGAGCAAAGACAGGUUUUUAAUGAAAGGUUUCAGAACUGGACUCCCUCUGCGGCGCUGUCCAUACCCCCUUCCGACACAACUACUGAACUUCAAGCAUCAUCAGCUGAUGGUGCAGCCUUAAAAGAUGAGAAGAGCAAGGUUCCUGUGCCUGUACCAAAGGAGCUGUCGUUUCUACUGAAGGAGACCACAGAUCAAACACAAGGGCCUGAGUCAAAUCCAGGGCCCAGCACAAGUGUUGCUUGCACAUCUGUGCGCAAAGCUCUCACUUUUGAAGACAGCAAUGAAGAUGCUCCUUCAGCUCAGCCAGCCAUUCCUGUUCCAGUGGCUGGUUAUGAGCAUGAGCUGAGUACCUGGAACUGCUCACAACACCAGAAGCUGUGGAUGAAGACCGAGCUGCAAGAUCUGGGGCUGUGGCCUGGGUCUCGACCAGUGCGUAACCCAGGAAACACAAUUUCACUCUGGCGUCUCCCUCCACAACCUGAGCUCAUAGAUACUGUGGCUGAGCUCCCGUCACCAAAUUUUUUCCAGCUCCACCCCUUCUUCCUAUGGAAACCUGAGAGCAGCAUCAUGGCCAGGUUGAGGAACAAUUAUACCUUGCCAUGUUUGCAUGCUUGUGCUCUUCCACGUGUGGUCUCUGCUGGUGUGGGCAGGCCUCGAGUGAUUGUUGGCACCAGUGGUCAGUAUUACAUCCUGUCCUCACGACUCUGCUGCAGGGCUUGUCGCAGGAACUGGUUUGCUGACAAUCCACGAUGGCUGGAGAAACUGCCAAAUAGGUUUACCAACCUUCUCCCAGCCUUUCUAACUUACAAAAAGGCCAUCUGCAAGUCUGUAAUGGAUGAGCUGAGGCGCACUGGCAAAUCUCCAGCAGACAUGGCAAAUCAGGUGAACGAACUCAUGUAUCUUAAGUUUAGACGAGCUCACCUGGCAUACCUGCAUGCCAUAGAAUCUGUCUGGGAUUCUGUAAAUAAGUUAUUUUUUACAAGAACAUCAACACAGUGUUCACUUUGAGCUCAGCUGUAUCUUUAUUUGUGUAUGCUUACCAUAAGCUGCUGGCCUUGAAUCUUGUUAUUCCUAAAAGACUUCACAUAAUGAAUACAGUCCAUGCUUUUUGUAUAGGAGUUACAGCUUUUAUCUUUUUAACCUUUCUGUUCUAUUUAUGUUAUAAUAAAUAUGACUGCU